CCGGGGGCAGGCCAGCACCUGCCCGGCGCGCACCCCGGCUUCUGCGGCUGCUGCUCUGGGCUGGGACCGCCUUCCAGGUGACCCAGGGAACGGGACCGGAGCUUCACGCCUGCAAAGAGUCUGAGUACCACUAUGAGUACACCGCAUGCGACAGUACAGGCUCCAGGUGGAGGGUCGCCGUGCCGCACACCCCGGGCCUGUGCACCAGCCUCCCCGACCCCGUCAAGGGCACCGAGUGCUCCUUCUCCUGCAACGCAGGGGAGUUUCUGGAUAUGAAGGACCAGUCGUGUAAGCCAUGCGCUGAGGGCCGCUACUCCCUGGGCACGGGCAUCCGCUUCGACGAGUGGGACGAGCUGCCGCACGGCUUCGCCAACCUGGCCACCAACAUGGAGCUGGAAGACAGCAUCACCACGUCGCCUGGGAACUGCACUGCGUCCAAGUGGGUCCCUCGGGGCGACUACAUCGCCUCCAACACGGACGAGUGCACGGCCACGCUGAUGUACGCCGUGAACCUGAAGCAGUCGGGCACUGUCAACUUUGAGUACUACUACCCAGACAGCAGCAUCGUCUUCGAGUUCUUUCAGAUUUGUCCUUGCUUUUGCCCUUUAGAAAAAGGGUCCUCGUCCUGUAAAGUACGACCAGCGUGCACAGACAAAGACUAUUUCUACACGCACACAGCCUGUGAUGCCAACGGAGAGACGCAGCUCAUGUACAAAUGGGCCGAGCCGAAACUCUGCAGCGAGGAUCUGGAGGGGGCAGUGAAGCUGCCCGCCUCGGGCGUGAAGACCCUCUGCCCACCCUGCAACCCGGGCUUCUUCAAAACCAACAGCAGCACCUGCCAGCCCUGCCCCUAUGGCUCGUACUCCAACGGAUCUGACUGUACCCACUGCCCAGCUGGGACUGAACCUGCCCUCGGCUUUGAAUACAAAUGGUGGAACACGCUGCCCACCAACAUGGAGACAACCGUUCUCAGUGGGAUCAACUUCGAGUACAAGGGCAUGACAGGCUGGGAAGUGGCCGGCGAUUACAUUUACACCGCUGUGGGAGCCUCCGACAACGACUUCAUGAUCCUCACGCUGGUUGUGCCAGGAUUCAGGCCACCCCAGUCCGUGAUGGCAGACACUGAGAAUAAAGAGGUGGCCAGGAUUACGUUUGUCUUUGAGACCAUCUGCUCUGUGAACUGCGAGCUCUACUUCAUGGUGGGCAUGAAUUCCAGGACCAACACUCCUGUGGAGACGUGGAAAGGCUCCAAAGGCAAGCAGUCCUACACCUACAUCAUCGAGAAGAAUGCAACCAUGAGCUUCACCUGGGCUUUCCAGAGGACCACCUUCCACGAGGCAGGCAGAAAGUACACCAGUGACGUGGCCAAGCUGUACUCCAUCAACAUCACCAACGUCAUGGAUGGGGUGGCCUCCUACUGCCGCCCCUGUGCCCUGGAAGCUUCGGACAUGGGCUCCUCCUGCACCUCUUGCCCUGCUGGCUACUAUAUUGAUCGAGGCUCGGGAGCCUGCCACUCCUGCCCCUCAGAUACAAUCCUGAAAGCCCACCAGCCGUACGGCAUCCAGGCCUGCACGGCCUGUGGUCCAGGGACGAAGAGCAACAAGAUCCACUCUCUGUGCUUCAACGACUGCUCCUUCUCCGCCAGCUUCGCAGGCAGGAUGUUGGACUACAACUUCUCAGCUUUGGCACACCCUAUCUCCCUCUCUGGGGGGGCCAGCUUCACCUCCAAGGGCUUGAAAUACUUCCAUCACUUCACCCUGAGCCUCUGCGGGAACCAGGGUAAAAAGAUGUCCGUUUGCACCGACAACGUCACUGACCUCCGGAUUCCUGACGGUGAGACAGAGUUCUCCAAGUCCAUCACCGCCUACGUCUGCCAGGUGGUCAUCAUUCCCCCCGAGGUGACAGGCUACAAGGCUGGGGUGUCCUCACAGCCCGUCAGCCUCGCCGAUCGCCUCAUUGGGGUGACAACCAGUAUGACUCUAGACGGAAUCACCUCCCCAGCUGACCUCUUCGCCCAGGAGCCCAUGGCCAUACCGGAUGUGAUCUUCUUUUACAGGUCCAACGAUGUGACCCAGUCCUGUAGUUUUGGGAGGUCAACCACCGUCCGCAUCAGAUGCAACCCACUGAAACCUGCCUCUGGAAACCUGUUGCUGCCCACCUUGUGCUCAGACGGGACCUGUGAUGGCUGUAACUUCCACUUCCUGUGGGAGAGCAUGGCGGCAUGCCCCCUCUGCGCCCCCGUGGACUACCAUGCCAUCGUCAGCAGCUGUGUGGCUGGGAUCCAGAAGACGACCUAUGUGUGGCGUGAGCCGAAGCUGUGUGUGGGCGGCAUCUCCCUGCCCGAGCAGAAAGUCACCAUCUGCAAAACUAUCGAUUUCUGGCUAAAAGUGGGCAUCUCUGCAGGGACCUGUACUGCUAUCCUGCUCAUCGCCCUCACCUGCUACUUCUGGAAAAAGAACCAAAAACUAGAGUACAAGUACUCCAAGCUGGUGAUGAACGCCUCCCUCAAGGACUGCGACCUGCCCGCAGCUGACAGCUGUGCCAUCAUGGAAGGCGAGGACGUGGAGGAUGACCUCAUCUUCACCAGCAAGAAGUCCAUCUUUGGCAAAAUCAAAUCACUGACCUCCAAGAGGACGCCCGACGGGUUUGACUCGGUGCCCCUGAAGACGUCCUCCGGAGGCCCCGACGUGGACCUGUGAGAUCGCCACGCCCACCUCCGCCUCGCCACGCCCACCUCCGCCUCGCCACGCCCCCUCCGCCUCGCCACGCCACGCCACCUGCGCAGAGCCCCCUGCGAGCCCGGGCGACCCGGCGCAGGCUUCCCGCAGCACCCUCUGCUGGAAAUCUCUUACUGUGGCCUUAUCAGCAGAAGUUUCUAUUUCAGAUUUUUUUUUUUAAAUAGAGGACCCAAACCCUGCUUGCCCCAAACCUGCCAAAUAUAUCCACACUUGAUAUUAGAA